GCUGCUGCUGCUGCUGCUGCUACUGUUGCUGCUGCUGCUGCUACUAUUGCUGCUACUACUACUACUACUACUACUACUACUGCUGUUGUUUUCUAUAUUUCGCGACGAGUAAUCACGUGGGAAUGCGUCAAACGAUGCAAGCAUAUCUGUUAUUAAUCUCCACGACAUGUAUACUUGGUAGUGAUAUCUAGUGUAAUUAUGUGCAACACUCCGUAUCAUAGUGCUGACCGGAAAUUUCUACCUUCGAUUAAGCUUCCUUCCUACCUCCUUAAUCACUUCUAUUCAACGUUCUGUCCUUCGUUAUUUCGUCAAACAACACAGUGUUCGGGACUUUCUUUCACAAACGCGUAGCAGCGUUUUGUUUCAUCGCAUUCCAAUUUCUUAAUAACGCGUUGAUAUCGUUAUUCGCCGGCAGCCGCUUACCGUCUCAGCUUACUCUACGUUCGAAGUUCACCGCUCGAAUACUGUGAUCCGACAUAUAUUGGAACAUAUAUCUUCGUGGGAAGAACGAUCUUGCUUUUCUGACGUUCCUCUUCGCUUACUCCGCGUGUUUGGAUGUUGCCACACCGAGGAGUAUCGGUUUGAAGAAUCUGCGAUUUUCAACGGGCUUCCUUCCUAUUCUGCGAGCGAAGAGUACAAGAUUAAGGUUAUGAGUUGGUCCGCAACACGCAAAUGAAACACAGAAAUGAAGAAAUUACACAGGAUGGAGAUUACUGUUGAAACAACAUAAUAUUAAAUGUGGAAUGAAUGAAGAUAGAAUACAAGGUUCAAAAGGAAAAUAAAACGGAAGAAAGAAAUUAUUCCAAAGCAUAACAAUAGUUAAUACAAGUGCAGGACAAUAAAUCAGUAAUGGAUGAAUGGGAGUGAGAACAGCACAUGUGAAGUGUAGGUGUGGGUGCGUACGCACGUGGGAGCCUCUGGAUGUCGAGGCCGCAGCACUGGCAGUGUCAGUGGCAGUGAUGGCCCCUGCUCUGACGGAAGGUGGUCCUCAAAAGCCUGAAAAUUUGCUCCCUUCCCUUCCAGCUGGUGGAUUUCUUUCCCCAGAGCAGGCUACACAGUUGUGCCAGAAUCGUGAAAUUCUGGCGAAAUUUGUUGUUUCUGCAAACGUCCAACCAUCAAAGAUUGAUGAACAGUGCUUACAUGGUAUAUCCAAAGACCUCAUUCGUGAUGUCAUCAACUCGAAAUAUGCCAAUGAUCUUGAUAGUUUGUCUACAUUUACGCACGGAUCUGACUUGAUUACAAAGAAGGCAUUAAUAAAACAGGACUGCGAACAGCUGGACAUUACGGGCAGUCCAGGGAAAAAGGUGACUGAUACUAUAAUGAACGACCCAUCUAUGGGUGAUCAAGCGGACAAUAUGGGUUUUUUGAAAUCAAGCGCAGAUUUGCCUUUGGUGGGCUCAGAAACAGUAGGAGAUAAUAAAAGUCUGGAUGUGGAUCAAAUAAUGGCCUUUGGUACAGAUAUAACUGCGGAUAAUGAACAAUGUAACAUGGGCAAUGUUGGUGAUAUUGGACAGAAUGUUGAGGAGAUUUUACAAGUUAUUAAAUCUAUUGAAGGUGUGGAAAAUGCAGAAAAUAUAUCUACAGGUAGUAAUGAACCAGUGCAAAGCACUGUGGAUGGAGUUGAAAUGUUUUCUAUGCCUGAAGAAGGAUUUCCUUCCUUUGAAAGAGAUUUACUUGAUGUUGAUGUUAUGAGUAUUUGCAAUAUUGCUGAUGCUGUGGACCAGCAGAAAGUCAACACCUUAAAGUUACAGCAAGAUAUUGUUGCCCAAAAACAACACGAGAGUGAAAGGAAAUGUGCAUUUUUAUUAAGAAGACUGAGGAAGCUUCAAGCAAGAAUAAUAGGCAGGCAUGUUGCUGAAGAAAACACUGGAGUUCUUGAGCUUGCUCAUCAUGGAGUGAAAAAAUAUCUUUUUCAAGAAUUGGUUAAUAUCAGUUCUAAGUCUAAUGUUAAAAACUUUCCUGAGAUUAGUAGUAGUUUGAGUUCGUUUUUGCAAAAAAUUGAGAAAAUGUGUGUUGCCCAGAGCAAUAGUGUGAAUCGUCAGCGAUUGUGUUGCCGAUAUUUUGGUGAUGGAUCGCGUGACAAUUUGGGUAGUACUUCUGGUAAUAAUAGCAACCGUCAGUCAGUGUUUGGUACACCUCAAGUUAAAGUUAGAGGCGAAGAAGUAGAAAGUGUGGCAGGACCUUUAGCCUCGCAAUUACAUAUUGUGGAAUCUAAUCUUGACUCUGAUUGUACUGCAUCGAGUAGUGGCGGAGAAAGUUGUGAUGAAAUGCAGUCAUUUAACAAUCCACAUCAACAAAGAAUAUCUAUAUCAAAACGGGCAGCAUGGAGGUAUGCUCAAGAUCGUGCAGGUGUAGCAGCAAGAUGGACGUGGCUGCAAGCACAAAUAUCGGAUUUGGAAUAUAGGAUUAGACAGCAUAAUGAAUUGCAACGGCAUAUUAGAGCUAACAAGGGUUUAGUGAUACUUGAUAAUGCAGAAACAGUGAAUGGGUAUAGUGGUGUUUUACCAGGUUCUACAGGGCGUUAUAAUUCACCAGAAGGUGAAUUACCUGCUAGUAGGACUCGGCCGUUUGUCUGGAGUUUUUACAGGAAGAGGAAAUUAUUACAACUAGAUAAGUUACAUGAAGUCUCAAAACGUGCUGCAAAAGCAUCAACUGUAAGAUGCAACUGCGAUCGUGUAUUACCACCAUGUGCUUUAUGCACUGGAAGAUUAGAUCCGAUGCAACCGCAAGAACCAAUUGAACAAAUGUCUGUACAAGAAAGGGUUGCACUUGUGGAUCCUAGCUUUCAUCCUGUUUUGUCAUUUCCUGAUGAAAUCACACAGGGAACUCAUCUUGAUGCUAUUAUGAAAACAGUGGAAUGGCAACAAAAAAUGUUAAGGGGAAAUUUACGGAUCACACGUUUAAAAGAUAAAGAUACCAAUGAAAGGAGAAAUAAGAAACUUCCAGGGCACAGAGCAAAAUAUGCAGCAGCUCGGUUAAAAAAAUCAUCCUCAAGUAUUCUUACUGCAAGAAUUAAGAAGAAGAUGCUAAAAGGAAAAAGAAACAGGCUUGGUCAUGAUAGAAGUGUUCAUGGUUUAAGUAGGAAGAGGGUACAGAAACUGACAACUGAAGAUGAUGAUGAUAUUAGUGCACUUUCCAGCUCUAGUAAGCAUUCAUCUCCAGUGCCUUCUCCUUUACAUCACACCAUUGCUUCUACUACAGAGAAGAACAUAGUUAAAGAAAAGAAUUCUCAUGGACGAUUGAGGCAAAAUUCGUACGAUAUUGAUAAUAUAGUUAUACCAUAUAGUGUAGCUGCUUCAACUAGGCUUGAAAAGUUACAAUACAAAGAAAUAUUAACACCAAAGUGGAGGUUAUGCGAAGAGCCUUCAAAGUUGGAUAUUAAAAAUGGUGUUAUGCAUAGGCCUAGUCAAGACAGUGAUUUCGAAGAUAUGUCAGACGAAACUAUAGCUUUAAGACAUGAACGAAGCGAACGAGAAGAAAACAAACGUUUUAUGACGUAUAUGAAUAUGCCACAUCAGUCUCGUAUUCGACAUAAUCGUAGGACAGAUAGUCGAGCAGAUAGUGGUGCGAAUACACCAGAUCCUAUGUCUCCACACGCAAGUGAUUUUGGUGGAGACAUGAUGUCACCAAUUACGUCACCUCCUGCAACUCCACAAGUACAAGAAUCAGAACAUCAACAUAACUCUGAUAAUUUGCAUCGAUCAUCUGCUUUGCAAAAUGCUUUACGGCGUCGUACUGCGCCUAUGUUAAGAGUGGGGAAAGACGACACUGGUACUUCGGUAAAUGAAGAUGAAAAUGAGAUUUUGCCGUACGAACCAAGGAUAUUUCCAUUAUCCGAAGAAGUGUAUGACAAAAUGCUGGAAGUGAUGCCAGAUGGGCAUUGGCAAGCUUCUUCAGCAUCUCUUUGUUCCCGUGAUGAAGAAAAAGCGGACGAUGAUGGGGAAAUGGAUUCUCCAGAAUCAGAUUCGACAGAAUCAGCUUGUUGUGACGUAGAGGGUGAGGAUCCCAAUGAUCCUGAAUGGACAGUAGCUGACGAUAGGGAUACUGAAAAGGAACGAAUACGUCCAACGGCUAAAAGAUAGGAUAAAGUCUUUAAUACAUACAGUAUGUCUACGUCGUCGUUACUAUAUGCAGAAGCUACCUGUCAAUUGUUAUAUAUACCUGUCGGUCAUGUAACAUGCACCUUAAGUUAAUGGUAUUAUGAAUCUGUAAAGUGUAUUAUAAAUAUAAAUUUUAUAACUUCAUUCUGCUUAAAUUAAUGGGAAACCUUAAUAAUUGCUUUUUAAGUAUUGCUAUCUCGGCCAAAGCAUUAGAAUUGUACGGGACUAUCAUCCUUUUAUUUAGGAUAAGGAUAUUGUUAUAUUUUUCUUUCAUUGUUAUAACCGAUAAUAUAGGACAUAGUCGUUCAACAGUUAGAAUCUCAUAUGACCAGAAAUAGACGAUUUUAUAUUUAAAAAAAAAAAGACAAAAAUAAAAAA